CUCCUUUUUUCCUGCAAAAAGACUGGAGAAAUAAUGAAUCCAAGUUCUCUGGAGAUUAGCUUGAGUCUUAAGCCAACAUAUGUGCCUAAAUCCUUGAGCAGCUUGCUCUUUGAGCUAUCGAGGAUUGAUAAUGAGUACUAUAAGUUAUCAGUGUUGAGUGAUUAUAUUCGCAAGCAUGAAGACGAGUUAACCAGGGUUGAGGCUUUAAAACAUGAACUUCCUCAGAGCUACCUACUUCUAAUGGAGGCCAUUGAAAAACUAAAGGAGGAAUUCCUGAACAUAAAGAAAAAUCUGCAAACCAAGAGGGAAAUCCAGGAAAUUAGAUGCAGUGCUACAGAAGAAGAUUGUGUAAAUAAGCAGAAAACAUUGAAUAAUUCUGACAUGUAUGAGACUCUAUCUCUCAAGGGUUCAAAUCUCAAAGAAAUCCAGCAGCCAUGCAAUCAGGAAAGAAGCAUGGAAGGGUUAUUGUUGGCAUGCAAAGAGAGUGGUUGGGUAGAUUCUCUUGGAUCAUCAAGCAGUGGAAAGGAAAAGGAGGCAGCAGCCAUUGUUGAAUCAUCGAGAAAUUAUAACCAAGGUUUCUUGUAUCUGAUCAAGAAAGAAGAUGAAGGUUUAUAUAAUUAUGAUGGCCCAAAGCCACUGACUCAAUCAAUUUGGAAGAACAAUAGGAUAUGUUGGUCUUCAGAGCUUCAUUCAAGAUUUCUGGAGGCUCUGAACAUGGUUGGAGGCAUUGAAGGUUGAGGGGCUGACAAUUGAUCAAGUAAAAAGUCAUUUGCAGGUUAUUCAAUCUUUUUUAAGCUUAAUGUAAUAAAUGCACACAUAUCCACACUUAAACCAAAAUUAUAUAUCUGCAGACUUUAGAAAUAUUAAUUUUGCAAAGAACAUUUCAUUUUAAUCCCAAUUUUUACUGUUUUGGAACAUAUAAUAACCAUUCUAAAUAUAUAAUUUCAGAAAUAUAGGCUUCGUUCUGGUAAGGAUCGGUUGCAGUGCUGAUGCAUCAACAUCAGGAGCUUUCUGAACUAGCAGAUGUUCGCCAAAAAUUGAAUAAUGUUUGAGGUAGCCAUUCAGCCAGGUUCCUCCAACUCACAAGCAAUGAUUGCUUCUCUAAUAGGAAGAUAAGAGAUGGACAGGGGCAC